CAGCCCAUUAAAUCCCACGGCCAGGAAAUUACAUGGAGUAGAUGUGACGUCAAGAGCGCAAAACUGGGUGAGUUGGUCCGGCGCACUGACGUCCAGCCGCCGGCGUAUCACCGACCGUCAGAUUUGCAGUCGUCUCUCUUUCCUGGUAAUUUGAACGGUGGGCUUAUGUUUGUGGUCGUCACGAGGGGCCAGCUUAGCAACCGGCCGCACAUAACAUCGUCCCAGCUGCGUGCCGCGCGGGUAUAAUAGGAUAAAGAACACCGCAACGUUUUACAAGCAGAAAACAACAAGGAGCGCGCAGUGGGUGCUGGAUUGAAUUUUCUCAGCUGACCAAAGCAGAGAUUUAAUAGAGUGUAGCACAGGAGAUAGAACAGUCAACGCGCGGUCGCCCUUCACAUCGCACGUCUGCGUACCGGAGCGGCGGGGUAUCGUCAUGGGGAGCACCGCAUCGUCCGCCGCUUCGGCCGCCACCAAGAUCAGCGUCAAGCCCGCACGCACCACGAAGAGUGCCGGCAACAACUGCGACAACAACCACCGGCAGGCCCGCAGGAUCCGCAAACCCGACCAGAUCCUGGAGGAGAACGUGCGGCUCCGGAAGAAGAUCCUGAAAUUGGAGGAGGAACUGACCAACAACAAGCUGAACGACGAGAACGCGAGUCUGAGGAGGAGUAACGAAGAGUUGUCCAGGGAGGUGCAGCAGCUAAAGGGCCUGCUGAUGGUGGUGGACGGCAGCCCGACGCUGUGUGUCCGCUCCACGUUCAGCGUCAACAGCGCCAUGAGCGCGCAGUCAGACCCGUCAGACGACAGACUCACAGAGGGCAGACGGAGCUGGGCUCACCAGUUCUCACCCGACGAUUCAGCACACGAGCGCCCCAACAGCUCCAGCCCCAGACAAAGACUUCUCUCCGAAUCAAGGGCAAACAGAGUAAGCAAGCUGAGAUCGCUGCCCAUCCAAGAUGGCCACGGACUCUUCCCCGUCAGCGACAUAGAAGCCUACGGGAAAGGGCUAGCUCUGACGCGCGCUCACGAGAGCAGAGAAAAAACUCUGGAAAGCAUCAGGUCCUACAGGGCGGGGAAAAAGGCAGCCAGAUCCGAAGACGAACAGGCUCAGGAAAAUGGACAAUAAACGGACUUUCAAACUUUGAUCCAAUUUGUAUAUACACUGUAUAUAAUGUAUUUAUCUAUUCAAGAAGCCAUCUUUUCAACAUGAGGUAAGAUGCUCGCAUCGUUUGUGAGACUUUUGGAAAGGAUUGUGAGUUUUGUUUGAGCCAUAUGACAGCCUGUGUUGUUUACUAAAGAAAUAAGAUUUUAGACAUGUUAUACUUGUUGUUUACUAAAGAAUGAAGACUCCAGACAUGGUAUAUUUGUUGCUUACUAAAGAAAAGGACUCUGGGCAUGUUUGUUAUUUACCAAACGAUGAGGACUAGACACUGCACUGUUGACUAAAUUUUGUUAGCCUGAUAGAUGUCUAGGUACAAGAAAUUCACUGUUCACUAUAUGUACUGUAUUAGAGAGGAAAAACAGGAAGAGGAAAGAAAGGAAUGAAGCAUCUUUUUUGAUCUGAUUUUCUGAUCGUUCUUCUCUGCAAUAGAUGAUUAUGAAAUUAUGAUUAUGAAUGAGAUCGUCUCGUGUGGAAAAUUCAGUUUUUGUGUCGUAGAUUGUAGUAGUAUUUGAAGAAAAAAAGAAUACAUAAUGACGAAUCGUAAGAUAUCUGAUAAAGUACGAAUUGAAACAGAAAGGAAAUGAUUUUUUUACUUGUAUCUAUGUUAUAAGGAGCAUAAUAUAUGCGCCAUUUCUUAGUACGUUAAGCCAACAGUAAAAGUAUAAUGUGUCUGCUAAAGUGCGCUAUGAUGAUGACGUUUUUAACUGUUUCGCACUAUUUUGAAUCAUCGAAAAGCUAAAAAAAGGUUGUUAACUGACAGCGAAUCUCUACCUAGAGGCUGAAAAUGACAAAUAAAGAG